GGUCCACCAAACUUAGUCUCCGCUGAGAGUCGGCGUGAAGCAGAACAACUAUUCCACAACAUUAAACAAGAACUUACCAUCGAGGCUGUCGCUCAAGUUAUACGAAACACGAGAAAUCAAUGCGUCCUAUUUCAAAUCGCGCAGAUGACGGGCGAAAUUGUUUUACGGGAUUGGGUACUUUUAUCGAAGGAUCAGAUUAUUCACACCUACAAGAUGUUGUUGGAGUUUGUCGCCGAGACAGAAGACUUGUCAAAUUAUGCACGGACUGAAUUCUUACGCUCUGUUGCAAUGAUAUUGAAACGUGGUAUCAUUGAUGAAAAAACCGGAGACGAAGAGGAUUUAUUUGGUAUCAUACAUAAUCUAUUGAUUAGUCAACAUGCGCGUAUGCAAGCUAUUGGCGGAGAGCUGAUUUCUGCAAUAACUCAUCAGUUCUCAUCUUCGUGGAGGAAUACCAAGUUUAGUAUUACGUGGGAUUUUCAUUUGCGAGCAAAAUCGAAGUUUGAGAAUACCGGCCUUAGACGUUUGUUAGAAAUGUCUUUGAAGACACUACACACCUUGAUAUCGCAGUCCAGUAUUUUGCCUGAUGAAUUCGCUCGACGUAUAUGUGAAAAGUUUUUAGAGGUAGCCGAAACCGCGUUGUCCUGGAAUUUUGCGUCCAAAGUGUUUAGUCGACUGUUCUAUUUUUGUCAAGCAACAAAUUCGUUCCGACCUCCGGCAUCUUGGAAAGAUCUUCUUGAAAAUGACGAGUUUUUCGGUCUUUUUUUUCAGCUCCAUGCAAAAAUCCGUACCGAUGAAGCGCUUUCGCUUCGUUCCCUUUCGUGCCUUGUGCAACUAGCUGGUCUGUCUGGCGAUGUUCUCUCUUCUUCGGAUUUUACGAAACACUAUAUGAAGCUUUACAUUGAAUCGCUAUUGGAUCUUUUUGCUGAAGGUUCUUUUAUACACUUGGUAGUCUUCGCUUUUGCGUUGUGGAUUUUGAAAAAAUUGGCUAAGUUUCUUUUUCACCAUUUAACGUCCAUAAUGUUAAAAAAUUUAACUGUUGACUAUCAUCGGCGUUUUUUAUGGCUAGCCACUCUAGGUCCACUCCCCCAUGAAGUCAAUCAUUUCUGCACGGUAGUGAACCGUCUCUUCCAGUACCGCCCAAUUCAGAUGAUCAUGCAGAUUGGCCCCGAUCUUAGAGAUCGAUUCUUGACUUACCUCUCACGAUAUAUUCAACAUCUUACGAAACAAGCGAUGUUCAAGGCAAUUGGCGCAGGUGAGCACGAUGAUCAUCACUCGGUGGCAUUACUGUAUGAUUCAUGGACUUUGCUGUUAAGAGAUAACGAACUCAUCAAUGGACCGAAUCUACAGAUUGUCAAAAACUUUGUGGAAUGCGUUCUUGCACCGCCUCUUGGUUGCAGGCCACCUGUGUACACCGAGGACGACGAUGGAGAAGAUGAUAGAGUGCUUUUCCAUGAUCUGUUGACUCCCCUAGGAACAAUGACAUGCCACAGUGUUCGCGAUUUUAUGGAUAUGAUGAUUCAUUUGAUGCGAGAGCGCGUAGCGGAAUUCAGAACAAUGGCGUCUGGUUCCACAGAUCUAACCCGUAAUUCUGUAGUAAACGAAGACGUUGAUGGAACUUGUCGUACAGAGCCAGAAGUGUUUGAUAAUUCCAUUGCACUUGUAAAAGAUAGAGGUCAAGUGUUCAGGUUAGAAGAUACUGACGCCUUCCUCACACAAUGUAUUGAAGAUCCUGGUGCUGAUCGCUCAGAAGCUGAUACUUUGGUAGAUCCAUAUUUACGUUUAAUCGGUGAAGUGCUUGCAUGGGCAGCUCUUGAACAUCAAGUGGUAUCCGAAGGUGCUGAGGAAUUCGUUAGUCCUGAAUUAACAAGAUCAUCACUUCUGUGCCUGAAAAGAGUGCUGAGCGCUUCGAGCUGUUUUGUUGAACAUGCGGAUGCAGAUGCAUUGAUGCUACCUGUUCUUCCACAUACCGGAACGUUUGCUCUACUUGUAGUAAAAUUCGUUGUACAUAAAGUGUUCACAGUUCUGAAAAAAUUUGGUGGGGAGGAGAAAUUAUGCUUGGACGCUGUAAAUUUGCUAAUUGGAAUGAUUGAUCCGUAUGCGACGUCACUUGCAUCAGCACCGGAGCUUUUUGAUCAUCUUGUUCAGAUAGAUAUUGCGGCGUUGCCGAGCAGAACUCUUCUCAUGAAAGCACUAGUGCUUAUCGGAGCUGCAACGCAUGAUCAACAAUUACAAGAGAAUAUGUCGGCAAGGAUACUAGAUCCCUUAGGCCAGCGGUUCGCAACAGUUUGUCAGCAGUCGCCGAGUUCAGAAGUAGAUAGUCAACUAGUAGAUCUUAUUCAAUGCAUGGACGGUGUAGCAAGAGCUAGUCAACCACACUCAGCUGCAAUACUAUUCAGUAAAAUUCUCAUCUUUUAUAAUCGAAGUGGGACAUAUAUAUAUCUUGAGCUUGCAGAAUUCCUCAUCCCAGUGCUCGAUAGCUGCGUUCCAUUGAUGAAGUCACGUUCGUAUUCUCAACCAAUUGUCUCAGCCAUUUUAGUGCUUAUCCUGAACGUAACGACCAAAGUUUCAGUAUACGUUGAUGAUAAGGAAGACUCUGCCACGUUAUAUCGUACUAUUAUAAUGAUUGUUGAUGUUUAUCGUUCGGAACAAGCUGUACGAUUUGUUAAUAUGACGGAAAACGACGAAGAUAAGGGGAAUGAUUUGGUAAAAUUUUCUGAAAUCCAUGAAAAUGAUCUUGAUCGAGUCCUAUUCUUAGAUAUUCUUUCUAAUGUUCUGUCGAAAGAUGUUCUUGAAGGUGGUGACGAUAAUGUGGCUACUGGAGCACAGGUUGCGUUGAGAUCGCUGGAGAUGUUGCUAAGUGUUAUGAAUGAGUCUGUAUUAAAGCUACCUGACCUGGCCAUGAAAUUCUUCCGUCUAGUGCUCUAUUUGGUUGAGUUUUCCAGAGAGGCAUUGUCGGUUAUGUCAGCCGACCUCCUAGUUGCACUUUGUCGGUGCCUUCAGGUUAUGUUUUAA